GCUCCGCUUCCCGGAGUGCGAAGCUCUGAUCAGGCUCCGGCCGGGGCGACGUCUGACAUCUCCCGGCGGGCGUCCUACCUGCGCUUUCCUCGCGAGAGAAGCUGUUUUCGGUGACUUCAGAGGACCGUGCGGCAGGAUGGACGCCUUAGCUGGGAUGUGCUUGCUCCUGACUCUCUGUAGGCUUCAUGUCUCCCAGGGCAUGAAUCCCUUUGCCAUGCAGCAGAUUCCACUGGAUCCUUGCUACGAUGAGAAAGGGGCGCCCCGCCGCUGCAUCCCGGAGUUCGUCAAUGCCGCCUUCGGAAAGGACGUCCAGGCCUCCAGCACGUGCGGGAAGCCAGCCACCCGCCACUGUGAUUCUUUGGACCCCCGGAGAGCCCACCCAGCGUCCUAUCUCACCGACCUCAACACCGCGGCCAAUAUGACUUGCUGGCGUUCUGAGACAUUGCACCACUCACCCCAGAACGUCAGCCUCACGCUUUCCCUGGCCAAGAAGUUCGAGGUCAUCUACGUCAGCCUUCAGUUCUGCUCGCCCCGUCCAGAAUCAGCGGCUGUUUUUAAAUCCAUGGAUUAUGGCAAAAGCUGGGUGCCUUAUCAAUAUUACUCCUCCCAGUGCCGGAAGAUCUACGGGAAACCCAACAAGGCCACGGUGACCAAACAGAAUGAACAGGAGGCGCUGUGUACGGAUGGCCAUACCGAUCUCUACCCGUUGACUGGAGGGCUCAUUGCCUUCAGCACUCUGGAUGGGCGUCCUUCAGCUCAAGAUUUCGAUAGUAGCCCUGUUCUUCAGGACUGGGUGACGGCCACCGAUAUUCGAGUCAUUUUCAGCCGUCCUCAUCUCUUCCGUGAGCUAGGGGGCCGGGACCAUGAGGAUGAGGAUGGGGGAAGCUCAUCUUCAUAUUACUACGCGGUGGGGGAAUUCCAGGUUGGAGGGCGCUGCAAAUGCAACGGCCACGCCUCGCGCUGCAUGAAGGACAAGGAAGGCAAGCUGGUGUGCGACUGCAAACACAACACCGAAGGGCCGGAGUGCGACCGCUGCAAGCCCUUCCAUUACGACCGUCCUUGGCAGAGGGCCACAGCCAGGGAGGCCAAUGAAUGUUUAGCCUGUAACUGCAACCUCCAUGCCCGUCGUUGCCGUUUCAACAUGGAGCUCUACAAACUGUCUGGGCGGAAGAGUGGUGGAGUCUGCCUCAACUGUCGGCACAACACCGCUGGACGGCACUGCCAUUACUGCAAAGAGGGCUUCUACCGGGAUGUGAGCAAAUCUAUCACUGAUCGCAAGGCCUGCAGAGCAUGUGACUGCCACCCUGUCGGUGCAGCUGGAAAAACUUGCAACCAAACCACCGGGCAAUGUCCAUGCAAAGAUGGCGUCACCGGCUUGACCUGCAAUCGUUGUGCCAAAGGAUAUCAACAGAGCCGUUCUCCUGUCGCCCCCUGCAUCAAGAUCCCUGUUGUCAACCCAACAUCAGUGGUCACCAGCACUGAAGAACCAGCAGACUGUGACUCCUACUGCAAGCCAGCCAAGGGCAAUUACAAAAUCAACAUGAAGAAGUACUGCAAGAAAGAUUACGUGGUCCAAGUCAACGUCCUAGACAUGGAGACGGUGGCCAACUGGGCCAAAUUCACCGUCAACAUCCUCUCGGUCUACAAGUGUCGGGACGAGCGGGUGAAACGGGGCGAUAACCUCUUGUGGAUCCACAUGAAAGACUUGGCUUGCAAAUGCCCCAAGAUCCAAAUCAGCAAGAAGUACUUAGUUAUGGGAAUCAGUGAAAACCCCAGUGACCGGCCGGGACUAAUGGCCGACAAGAACAGCUUGGUGAUCCAGUGGCGGGACGCCUGGACUCGGCGCCUCAGGAAACUGCAGAGGCGGGAGAAAAGGGGGAAGUGUUUGAAACCGUGAUUGGUUCAACCUUGUGUCUGUUAACGCACACCUCAUUCCUCUCGUACCCAUUGGUUGCCUGUGCACUCCACUCAACAGACUGUUCCUAAAGACUCUGUACAUAUAUAUAACAUAUGAAUGGGUGAAUUCACCUCUGUAUAGUGUAUAUUUUGACAAAGGUUCUUUUUGGGGGGUGGAGGUGGGGGGUGAGAGGGAUGUGUCUAUGAGCGCCGUGUUGUUUUGUUUUUUUAUUUUAAUGUUUAUUAAGAAUAACAUGGUAAGGACAAGCCUUUAACAAGGAGCAAAGUGAAGGAAAGCUCUUCUGGGGCCAGUUCAUUAAUAAGGAAUAUGGAAGAAGACAGCUCAGAUCAUCUCUGGUCCAGCAUGACUCCCUCCUCCUUAUUAAAAAUAUACAUAUAUAUUUAACCCAUCUCUCUGAGUCUUCCAAAUUCCAGGGAUGUAACCAUAUUCAAGCCCUGGUGGGAG